UUCUGACGUACGCAUGCGUAAACCGGUCCACCAGCGGUAAAUUGUCUUUCGUAGUCGAGAGUCAUCGAACAGUUCUUAUUACUCAAAGUUGUUGACAUAAGAGUAAACGUUAUCACAUCGACAACACCGAGAUAACGGGAUAUCUAAGCUGCGAAGAAUAUGCCCAAAAAUAAAGGUAAGGGAGGAAAAAAUCGUCGACGUGGAAAGAAUGAGAAUGAGUCGGAGAAGAGAGAGCUGGUGUUUAAAGAGGAUGGGCAGGAAUAUGCUCAGGUGAUCAAAAUGCUAGGGAAUGGACGGUUGGAGGCCAUGUGCUUUGAUGGAGUCAAGCGCCUCUGCCACAUUCGAGGAAAACUCCGGAAAAAGGUGUGGAUUAACACGUCGGACAUCAUUCUAGUGGGAUUGAGAGAUUAUCAGGACAACAAAGCUGACGUCAUCCUAAAGUACAAUGCAGAUGAAGCCCGCAGUCUGAAGGCCUAUGGAGAGCUUCCGGAACACGCCAAAAUCAACGAGACAGACACCUUUGGCCCCGGGGAUGAUGACGAGAUUCAGUUUGAUGACAUUGGCGAUGAUGAUGAGGACAUAGAUGAUAUCUAAGAACCAGCUCCCAUAGGAAAAGGUGAGGAUUUUCCCUUCAGAGAAUCGACACAGGACCUCCACAGCCACACGAGGACUCUGUCCCCCCCUUUUGCCUACAAAACAACACGAUUUCAUGGAGGUCGAACCCUCUCAUGUUCUCACUGACGCCGUGACUGCAGCAUCUCUCUACACAUUUAUUUGCGUUAUCUUUUUAAAUGUAUUUAUAUCAAUUUCACGCCAAGUGGAAUUUAGUUAAAAGUACAGAAUCUCUGGAUUCGCAAUAAAAAGAUAAACCAUUUUAUGUUUGGUCUGGCAGUCUGUAUCAUUGUAGUUCAUUGGUAUUAACACUCUUUAUAUAGUUUAGAUAGACAGAAUGAAAAUGUUUAUUGAUUAUGGGAUGACAAAUAUCCCUGAAGAUGCCAAUGUAUCUUUUGGAAUGUUUCUUUUGUUAUUACAUCAUAUUCCAAUUACAGCAUUGCAGUUAGAUGAAGUGCUUUAUUUUGUUGUUUUGAAUCAACCAAUGGCCAAAUGAAGGCCCCCUCCAGCCCUCUUUAAAAUCAGUCUAUUUUUUAUUUCCACCCCAAUGUGUCUGUCUGUUUUUAUGUAACGUUUCAGCUAACUGCUUGUGAGACUAGUCCUGCCUUAGGGGCUCCGUCUCCUAUCUGUUUUCUGGAGUCACCGUGAAUGCUUGUGUUUCUUUCACACUUUUAAUGUACAAUGAUGUCUGAAGGCUGAGUUUAGGGAUUCCCAAUAAAGAAUUUAUCUCCAUGAA